AGGGGGAGGAGAGGCCGGGCUGCCAGAUCCAACCGGAAAGGAACCAGUCCCGGUCCAGCCACAACCUGGGAGUGGGGAGCGGGAGGCGGCCCAGGCAGCUCGGAGCCCUGCGGUCCCCGGGGCCGAGAGGGAGUCGGGUCGCGGCCCGGGGUCAGGGCCAGAGACCGGAGGGAGGGGAGGAGAAGGAAGAGAGGCCGGAUCAGAGAGGCUGGCGCGCGGAGAGGAGACAGGCAGGGAAGGGAGCCGAGAGGCACCCAGAGAGAAGCGGAAGGCAGAGACAGGGCCAGGGCCAGGGAGACGCUGGGACACAGAUCCCGGAGGAGGAAGGCCAAAGGGAGGGAUCGACUCAGCAGGGCAGAGACUGCAGGGGAGCCAGAAGGGGAGCUUCUAGGACAGAAACCCAAAGGUGGCCUUAUCAGGGCAGCAGAGAGGUCACCCCAGGGAAGCUCCAGCUCUUCUGGCCCCGACUGCUGCAGGGCAGCUGGCUGCUGGGGACCGGGCGGGGCUCAUGAAGGGAGACGAGCGCGAGGAGCCCGAGGCGGGCCCCGAACCUGCGGCGCCCCCGCCGCCCGCGGACGAGCAGGAGGCCCUGCUGGAGUUCCACCACUCCUACCGGGAGCUCUUCCAGUUCUUCUGCAGUAACACUACCAUCCACGGCGCCAUCCGCCUGGUGUGCUCGCGGCACAACCGCAUGAAGACGGCCUUCUGGGCCGCGCUCUGGCUCUGCGCCUUCGGCAUGAUGUACUGGCAGUUCGGCCUGCUCUUCGGGGAGUACUUCAGCUACCCCGUCAGCCUCAACAUCAACCUCAACUCGGAGAAGCUCGUCUUCCCCGCCGUCACCGUCUGCACCCUCAACCCCUACAGGUACACGGAAAUUAAAGAGGAGCUGGAGGAGCUGGACCGCAUCACAGAGCAGACGCUCUUCGACCUGUACAAGUACAACUCCUCCAACACCCUCGUGGCCCACGCCCGCGGCCGCCGCGACCUGCGGGAGUCCCUGCCGCACCCCCUGCAGCGCCUGCCCGUCCCGGCUCCGCCUCGCGCCGCCAGCAGAGUCCGCCGAUCCGGCUCCAGCCUGAGGGACAACAACCCGCAGGUGAACAGGAAGGACUGGAAGAUCGGCUUCCAACUGUGCAACCAGAACAAAUCGGACUGCUUCUACCAGACGUACUCAUCAGGGGUGGAUGCAGUGAGGGAGUGGUACCGCUUCCACUACAUCAACAUUCUGUCCAGACGGCGGGACCCCUCUCCACCGCUGGAGGAGGACGCGCUGGGCAAAUUCAUCUUCGCCUGCCGUUUCAACCAGGCCUCCUGCAAUGAGGCGAAUUACUCCCACUUCCACCACCCGAUGUACGGGAACUGCUACACCUUCAAUGACAAGAACAGCUCCAACCUCUGGAUGUCCUCCAUGACUGGAGUCAACAACGGCCUGUCCCUGACGCUGCGUACAGAGCAAAAUGACUUCAUCCCGCUUCUAUCCACGGUGACCGGGGCCAGGGUGAUGGUACACGGGCAGGAUGAGCCUGCCUUUAUGGAUGAUGGAGGCUUUAACCUGCGGCCUGGUAUGGAGACCUCCAUCAGCAUGAGUAAGGAAGCCGUGAAAAGACUUGGGGGUGACUAUGGAGACUGCACCAAGAAUGGCAGCGACGUCCCAGUGGAGAACCUUUACGGUACCAAGUACACGCAGCAGGUGUGUAUCCAUUCCUGCUUCCAGGUGAACAUGAUCAGGGAGUGUGGCUGUGCCUACAUCUUCUACCCGCUGCACAGGGGUGUGGAGUUCUGUGACUACAGGAAACAUAGUUCCUGGGGCUACUGCUACUAUAAGCUCCAGGACGCCUUCUCCUCAGACCGCCUGGGCUGUUUCACCAAGUGCCGGAAGCCAUGCAGUGUGACCACCUACAAGCUCUCUGCCGGUUACUCACGAUGGCCCUCGGUGACAUCCCAGGACUGGGUCUUCCAGAUGCUGUCCCGACAGAACAAUUACACCAUCAAGAACAAGAGAGAUGGGGUUGCCAAACUCAACAUCUUCUUCAAGGAGCUGAACUACAAAACCAACUCUGAGUCUCCCUCUGUCACGAUGGUCACCCUCCUGUCCAACCUGGGUAGCCAGUGGAGCCUGUGGUUCGGCUCCUCCGUGCUGUCGGUGGUGGAGAUGGCCGAGCUCAUCUUUGACCUCCUGGCCAUCACGUUCCUCAUGCUGCUCCGGAGGGUCCAAAGUCGGAAACAACUGACAACCAGAACAAAACACAAACGAGGGCACACAAAGGCAUGCACCGUUUCCUCCUCAAAGAUGACUGGAUUCAGCACCAGAAUGUCCCUCCACGCUGCUUUCCAGGGACGCAGACAUUUGCUCCUCUUCUUGAACUUGGGUGGGGAACCCCACCCAAAAGCCCCCUUGACUCAAGACGAUGAGGGGAACAUGCUGGUGUCACAACGGUUUCCUCUCAGAGCCCUCGGGUUCAGCCUGCUCUUGUGUUCUCUGGCCACAGCCUGCCGUCAGUCCUGCCCCCAGCCCUCCGUGGCUCCAUCUCCCCUGGCUGCGUGGGCUGGACCUGCCGGGCGAAGCUGGAGCCGUUGUGGAUGGCAGCAGUCAGCCGCACUGCCCCUCCUUCCCCUUCUCCUUCCCCUUCUCCCCCAGCCUGCGCUGGAGUUUCUCCUGCCCAAAGCACGUCCACCUCGAGCUGUUUCCUUCUCUCCUCCAUCCCUCAUCUUUGUAUUACUCCCGGACACUAGGGUUGGUUGGUUGUUUUUUUCAGCUUUAAAAAUAGUUUGUUUCCUUCUUCACCAACACACAAAGACAUGCACCUUCUGACCAUUAUUCAAGGCAUCACAAAUGCCAUAAAAACUUAUAUUAAUGUA